AUGAAACUCACUAGACCAGCUGCUGCUAUUAUCUUAACUUACGUCGCUUUAACUUCAGCUGCACCUGCUACAGUCGGCCCAAAAAACCAGUCUCUGCCUCUGCCAAUUGCUCCAAAAGUGACGGCUGCAAUCGCUCCAAAAGAGACGGCUGCAAUUCAUUCGUUAGUAUCCAGCUUAAAUCAAUAUAAUGCAGCACAUAAGGUUCCAGGAUAUACUAAGCGUGAAGAUAUAUUGGUCCGGGAAGCGCACGAGCUUAUUGCAAGAUCUAAGCUUCCCAUUUUAGAUAAGAUUUUAAUGGCUUUGAAAGACUCAGGACUUGCAAACGUUGUUAUUGACUUCGUUUUACUUAGUCCUGAAUUAUUAGACCUUACUGCCGAUGCCACUAUAUUCAUCUUGAAGUCGGGUCUCAUCAAUUUGGCCGAUUUAUUAAUCGCCUUGCAGAAAUCGGGCUUAGUCAACCAAAUUUUACUCUUGGCUUUAGAUGAUCCAGAAAUCUUGCCUGGAUUAUUAAGAAUCGGUAAAGAACUCUUGAAGCAGAAUGGUAUCGACAUUUUCAGCAAGCGUUCUAUCGAUACUACUGAACUCGAAACUGCAGCUGUGUUUGAAGAAACAUCUAUUGAUAAGAGAGAAAGCCAGUUAUUGAACGAAUUAUUUGCCUCUUUGAAGGACUCCGGAUUGGGUGUUUCUAUCAUCCAAAACUUAUUGACCAAUCCCGAUUUGAGUGCUCCUGCCGCAACAUUUUUAACCAAAAUUUUAAAAUCUCACGCUGUAACUCUUAAAGAACUUCUUGAUGCCUUGAAAGAGUCUCACUUUAUCUUUAACGUGUUGAAGGAUAUUCUUCAUGAUAAGGCUUUGUUAGAAAAGUUUGGUGAAGUGAUUUUUGAAAGAAUUUCGAAGGGCUUAAUUUCAAGAACUAUGUAUGAUAACGCCUAG